CAUAAUACUACCAUCUGGCACUAUUACCAAAAUAUUCGUCAGCUGUUCUAAGUUUUUAUGUUUAUCAAUUGUUGACCAAUUCAUGUGAAAUAAAUUACUUCGACAUACCAAAAAAAAAGAUAAUUAAAAAUGUCGGGGCCUUAUAAUUGGCAAAAUGCUGCAGAGCGUCAAAAUACUGCCCAAGCCCAGUUGGUAGGGAAUACUUACGAUGUUCUUGAGCGUAGUGCUGCGAGCAUACAGCGGUCCAAUCAGGUUGCAAUUGAAACUGAACAGAUAGGCACAGAAGUGUUAUCGGAAUUAAGUGAACAACGCGAAUCCUUGUUGCGUUCCACACGCCGGCUCCAGGAUGCAGAUGUGGAUAUCGUGCGAUCUGGAAGUAUUAUAAGAAAAUUGCGUCGCGAAGUACUCUAUAAUAAGUUAAUAUUAGUUAUAAUUAUAUUUUUAGAAAUAUGUAUUUUAGCUGGACUUAUAGUAAUCAAAUUUGUACGGUUUUAGAUUUCUUGAAAGGCUUCAAUUGCUAGUAUUUUUUAUAAAGUAAACUCUUUUACGACCCCAAUAGUAAACCUUAUUCGAAAUAUUCCCAUUUUAAAACACACAAAAUCGUAUUUUUUAACCAUUUAUGUAAAUAACAAUUUCCAAGAUCAUACAUAAUACACAGGAAUUGAGUUUUCUUCAAAUAAUAGGGCAAGGUCUAAUUAUCGUUAUGCUAAGAACUAUAGUUUAUUUUAUUUAAUAACGAUAAGCAACUCAGUUUGUAAUUAUAUUUUUUUUAUAAAUGAUGAUCUGUUUAUGCGCAUGUAUCAAGUUAUUUUCAAGACAAUACGCUUACAAUAAUAGCGUUUAUUAGAUAUUUGGCUUUAUAAAUUUAAUACGUGCAUGCAUGUAUUUAUGUACAUAUAUUGUGGAUAUUGAUGCCUACUUUUCGAGUUAAAAAUUAGGCGUUAUUUUUAUUAUAAAUUAGAAUCGGCUUUCUCCGAUAUUGCAUUUUGUGUAUACCAUCUAUGAAAUAAAAUAUAAAAUAAUAUC